GGGAGGAAGAUCAAAGAGGUCAAGGACCAUUUUCAUCACAUGCAAAUUUCCUCUCUCCAAACAAGUUGUUUCAGGUGUUGGAGCUUCCGUUUUCUGGAAAGAGGUCUUGAAUGGUGGGUGCAGGCACUCAGUGAGCGCGGCUCAGGGUCCCACCGCCCGGCUCCGCGGGCUGCAGGUUCCCCCAAGGUGGGCAGGUGUGGUUCCUACAGCUGUGGCUGCGGGAGACCUCAGCCUGGAGAGAAGGGCCUUCUAGAAGACAUGGAGGCUUCGAGGACGGUGGAGUCCUCCGAGGCCGCGUGGGUUCCAUUCUUCAGCCGCCCGGCUUCCUCCCCUGACCCCCUUCCCAAAUUCUCUCCGCUUGGCACCCGAGGAGCCAUCGGAUCUGCCCCAGCGCACAUGGCUAUGCAGCCGGCCAGAGACCCUCGCAAACUCAGCCUAGCGGGCCUACGGGUGUUCCAGGGCCCUCAGACGGCGGAGUCGGUGACGGACAGCAACCCUGUUCCGGAACCGCUGAUGCUGCUCCCGGUGCCCCACCGGCGCCCGGGGCUUCGUCGUGCCCUAAGUCUGAGGCAGAUUCCAGACGACAGUUACAACCCAGAGAUCCUUUACGUGGAGCUGUGGAUGCUUCCCGUGUUGUUCGGCCCGGACGGCGAACUGAUGACGGCUCUCCACCGGUGGUUCGGGGUCUUACUCGUGGUGAGCGCGGUCCCAGGAUGCGGAGUCCUGAUCUUCAUUAUUGGGCCGCCCUUCUACCAGCAUCUUACGAUGCUCCUCAUCGUGGCGGUGUCUUUCCAGCUUCGGAUCCGCGAAAACCGAGCCAGAGCUCGGACCAGACGGCUGCUAAAUUCUGCGCGGGCCUCCGGACGCUCGGUUUAAGGCUGGGACCGGUCCUGAAUCCCUUAUCCUUAUCCAGAAGUCGGCUCAUGGCGGACCUCACCACAGGGACGGCAUUGCUGGGGGAUAGAGGCCAGGAGGCUAAGGCGCUAUGAAAGAUGCAGAUGACUAUGGGUGUGGAGACCACCAUCCUUAAUUCUGUCACCUUCAAGUUAUUGCAAGCUUGAGCUUUUAAGGA